AAGGACGGCAGCUUCUCUGGUUCCUAUUUGCCAGGGCCUGCAGCCAGCGACCCCAAAAUCCUCAGCUCACCACUGGAGGGGUCCCAGCAGGAUGCAGGACUGGUCCCACAGCCCACCUUCUCCUUCACUGUGUACUGGCGGCUCCAAGACUUGGAGAUGGCCCGGAUGACUGCUUUCCUGGGCCAAUGCUAUGUGGGCACCAACGGAGAGGAGACCCUGCACACACUGUGGCUCAUGCGAGAGGCAACUGAGAGCCCUGCUGAGGACUGGAAAGCCACUUGGAUUGGCACCAGCAUUUUCACCCGGAUAAAAUAA